AUGGCGUCGAUCGCAGCGGCUCUGCGGGACGGGACACCGUGUGUGGAGAUCAUCGAGGCGUUUGCUGACGUGGUGGUGACGGGCGAACCAAAGCUGAACGCAUGUGUGGGCGGGAGCGUCGACAAGGCGGCGAUGCGGGCACGGGCCGCGGCGAUCGAUGCGAUGCUGGCGGAAGGAAAGAAACUUGCGCUGGCGUGUGUGCCGGUGGUGGUCAAGGACAACGUGGAUGUUGCCGGGCAACCGACGUCGGGUGGAGUGGCGGCGCUGCGCAAGUCGGUGGCGGCGGUGGACGCGCCGGUAUGGGCUGCGGUCGAGGCUGCCGGGGCGGUGCUGGUGUGCAAGGGCAACAUGCCGGACUUUGCGGCCAACGGGCUCAACACGGUGUCGUCACGGAGUGGGCAGACGCUGUCGGCGUACAACCGAUCGCGGGUGCCGUACGGUUCAUCGGGCGGACCGGCGGUGGCGAUUUCGGCCUCGUACGGCGUGCUCGGCAUUGGGACCGAUACCGACGGCUCGAUCCAGAACCCGUCGUCGGCGGCGUCGCUGGUUGGCCUCCGCGGCACGCUUGGUCUCGUUCCGACCUUAGGCAUCCUCCCGCUCUCCAUCUUCUCCGACGUGGCCGGGCCGAUGACCCGGACGGUGGCCGAUGCUGCGGUGGCGUACCAGGUCAUGGUCAACGCCAGCCUCGCAAGCCGCGGCUCGCAGGACUAUGUCGGCGCGCUCAAGGCCGACGCACUCGCUGGCGCACGCAUCGGCUACCUCUCGUCAGUCCUUGCUCGCGUACCCGGGAAGCAGGUACCAGAUCCGGCCGUUGAGGCGCUUGCAUGUGCCGCGCUCGACGCGCUAGACAAGGCCGGUGCGCGGGUUACGACCAUCGCUCCCAACGCACCGGUAGUCACCGCGCUUGUCAGCAUCAUCAGCUCGGUGAGCCCGGCGGCGCUCGGCCUCUGCGGCGACUCCUCGUUCAAAGCUGCUGUCAACAGCUUUCUGGCAACAAGGCCUCGCGACGAGGGAAUGCGGUCCGUCAGCGAGGUCUAUGCCUCGGGCGAAUUCCUGCACGGGCUCGGCGGCGUGACAGCGCUGCUGGAGAACGCAAUCGCGGCACCGCCGCCGUCGUCGGGCAACGUCUCGGCUGCAUGUGCCGGGUAUGUGGCAGCGCAGAAAGAAGCGCGGCAGCUGCUGGUCGAGUACCUCGACAGCCACGGUCUUGCAGCCUUUGGGUUUCCGACCGAGAACCAGCCGCCGCCCAAGCUGCCGGGCAUCCCGCCGCCGACCGGAUGGUUUGGGACGCAGCUUGUGUCGGCGUUCACCGGCCUGCCGGCGAUGGUGAUGCCAAUGGGCGCGACUCUCGGCUACGACACACCGGUCGGGUGGACCUUUCUCGGGCGGCCGUACGACGAGGCGACGCUGUUUGGCCUGGCGUACGGGUUCGAGCUGGCGCAUCCAUCACGGGUUGUCCCGCCAUCGCCGUGA